CCGCCCCCCCCACCCCUCCCAUCCCACCGCAGCCUCCGCCGCGAGGGCUACACGGUGCAGGUGAACGUCAACGACUACCUGGACAUUUACUGCCCCCGUUACGACGGAGCGGCGGCGGCGACGGGGCGGCGACCGACGGACGGCGGCGGGGCGGAGGGAUCCGGCCCGGAAGCGCAGGCGGAGCAAUACGCGCUGUACAUGGUGGACGCGGAGGGAUACCGCACGUGUAACAGCAGCGGUGGAUCCAAACGCUGGGAGUGCAGGCGGCCGGCGGCGCCGCGGGGACCGGUGAAAUUCAGCGAGAAGUUUCAGCGUUACUCCGCUUUUUCCUUGGGGUUCGAGUUCAGGGCCGGCCGGGAGUAUUACUACAUUUGUGGGUAUUCGGAGCGCGGCCCUAUAAAUGCGUCGCCCCAUAGCACGGCCCUAUAGAAAUGCCCUAUAGCGACACUGCCACCUAGCGGCGGCUGGGGGUAUUGCAAGUGUGGACAGCCAUAGCACGGCCCUAUGGAAAUUCCCCAUAGCGACACUGCCACCUUGCGGCGGCUGGGGGUAUUGCAACUGUGGGCUCCCAUAGCGCGGCCCUAUGGAAAUUCCCUAUAGCGACACUGCCACCUAGCGGCGGCUGGGGGUAUUGCAACAACUGGGCAGCCAUAGCACGGCCCUAUAGAAAUUCCCCAUAGCAACACCGCCCCCUAGCGGCGGCUGGGGGUAUUACUGCAUUUGUGGGUAUUCGGAGAGCGGCCCUAUAGCGACACCACCCCAUAGAUUCUGCCCCAUAACCGCAUCACCCCAUAGCACGGCCCUAUAACAGCAUCACCACAUAGCAUGGAACCCCAUAGCACGGCCCUAUAGCCGCAUCACCCCAUAGAUUCUGCACCAUAACCGCAUCACCCCAUAGCGCGGCCCUAUAGGAAUUCCCCAUAGCAACACCGCCCCCUAGCGGCGGUUGGGAGUAUUACUACAUUUGUGGGUAUUCGGAGCGCGGCCCUAUAAAUGCGUCGCCCCAUAGCACGGCUCUAUAGAAAUGCCCUAUAGCGACACUGCCACCUAGCGGUGGUUGGGAGUAUUGCAACUGUGGGCUCCCAUAGCACGGCCCUAUGGAAAUUCCCCAUAGCGACACUGCCACCUAGUGGCGGCCGGGGGUAUUGCAACAACUGUCGGUACCCCAUUGCACCGCCCUAUAGCGACAUCACCCCAUAGAUU